ACUAUUGGCAAACGAGCCGUGUAACUGUGCACGUCGAGUAAACAACUAUCGAUAUCGCCAAUCUGUGAGGUAGGCAGACGCACGCUUGCAUAUACAUGCGAUGUAAAUAUAACGUUGGUAGAUGACAGCGUGGUCCAAGUAUUACCGAAGGAGAAAAAUGUACGCAACUGGCAAUAAACGAAUGCCGAGGACGAGAAAUUGAAGAAGAUUGUGAUAAUAUAAAACUGCUCGACAAUGACGAUUACGACUGAUACGAAAAUGACGAUGGAAAAAGCGAAAGAGUUGAAAGGUGACGGUCUCAGGGUCAAGCUGGAAUCCAAUGACUUUAAAUUAAACGUACGCGGCGAUGGAUGUCAGGUGACGGUGGCCAAAAAUUGCGGUAGUAUCCGCAUUGUCGGUGACGGUUGUUCGGUGAAAGUGAAUUUCAACGGCGGUGCAAUAAAAUACGAAGGCGACGGCGGACGGAUAUUUCUUGGAACGGGCUCGAAUAUGGAGUCGGUAAGCUACGUAGGCAACGGCGGUAGAAUAAUUAGUGGCAACAGAGGAAACAACAGGAGAAAAGAGAAGUUGGUAGAAGCAGAUGUAGGCGGCGGGAAGAGCGAUGGUAAAGGGUGUGCCCUAUCGCACACAGAUACGGAGCUGGAGAACACAAGCAACGAGAAGAAAGAGAGAAAUGGCAAAACGUUUUCGAAUGCUCAGGAAAAAAGGUGGGAAAGAUAUUCUCGACAGUGCAUGAAGAACUCGGUGGCAAAAACUUUCACCACUAAUCAGAAAAUCCCCGUAAUUGUUAACGAGAACUUCGUUUAUAGACAUUGAUCAUUUUUCAAAGCUCCAAAUCCUCCUCCCCGGCGUUGGCUGUCAAGUCUUCUAAAAUGCAGGUUUAGGAAGUUUUAGGGUCGCAAAUUUUUAGCAGAGUCUUACGUACACUACGGGCAAAGGUGAAAGGGUGGGUGAAGCUUUGUUGAGAAAACGUUGGGUGAUCGAGUUUACGGACUGGUUAACACGGCUCGGGCAAAAAUCUAUCUGCCAGUACCACAAUAUCAUCGAUGAGUCAGCCGCGCAAACUAACGAUAAAUAUUAAAAGGUAUAAUAGUACGAUAAAUACACCAGUGAAUCAACGCCUGAGAAAACCACCGGUAAAUGAACAACUGUGUUAAAACCACUAUGUAUAGCAAUCACCCCACUCACUGCCUCGAAGCCGAGUAUAUCAUAUUCGCGCGCGCGCGCGUGUGUGUGUGUGUGUGUCAAUGUAGCAUUUUUUUUCCUUUACUAAUAAACAAUAAUACAUAUUUCAUAUCAGGAAGAAAAAGAAGAAAGAGGAGAAUGACGAAGUAUCAUAGGUGUAGAUAUUUGUGUCUCGAACUGCUGGUGAUUAUUUGAUAGAUUAAGAAAUUGAAAAGAAGACCGAUCCUUCAAUUCUGAGUGUGAGGGUAUUUAUGUAAUACUAAAGUCCAUGAAAUUCGGCAUACCUACACAUAAUUUAUACCCAUGAAUGCCAAAGUUGAGGCCAAUUUGAAAGAAACCAAAUGUGUCUGAGCUCGAUAAGUGCUGGUUACUAUAGUUAGUUAAUAUUCUGCGUACAAAUUUAAUUUUUAUAGAUGUUUGUAAUUGCACACAUACUUAUUAUCCGACAUUGAACGCGACUUUGCCUUCGUGACGAGUCAAGACGAGGAUACAAACGUGACGCAGGCGAGAUGACGAAUCGUUAAUUUAUACCUAUGCUUGCAGAGAAGAUCGGUGAAUUUGUACUCGCAUUCCCAAAAGGUCGUAUAGUUUUAAAUAAAGUGUAAUUUUUAAGCAGAAA